CGACCCGCCCCCCUCGCUCGGGCCCCGGCCCCGCGCGCCGCGCUCUUCACUUCUUGGGGGCUUUUUAAAACAGCGCCACUGGGGUCUUCUCCAUGCGGCUCGGGCUAUGACAGCCUCCGUGCUCCUCCACCCCCGCUGGAUCGAGCCCACCGUCAUGUUUCUCUACGACAACGGCGGCGGCCUGGUGGCCGACGAGCUCAACAAGAACAUGGAAGGGGCGGCGGCGGCGGCAGCGGCGGCGGCCGCGGCGGCGGCGGCGGGAGCUGGGGGCGGGGGCUUCCCCCACCCGGCUGCCGCGGCCGCGGGGGGCAACUUCUCGGUGGCCGCAGCGGCCGCCGCCGCCGCCGCCGCCGCGGCCAACCAGUGCCGCAACCUGAUGGCGCAUCCCGCACCCCUGGCGCCCGGCGCCGCGGCCGCGUACAGCAGCGCCCCGGGGGAGGCGCCCCCGUCCGCCGCCGCCGCCGCCGCCGCCGCCGCUGCUGCCGCCGCCGCCGCGGCUGCCGCGUCGUCGUCGGGAGGGCCCGGGCCGGCGGGGCCCGCGGGUGCCGAGGCCGCCAAGCAGUGCAGUCCCUGCUCGGCGGCGGCACAGAGCUCGUCGGGGCCCGCGGCGCUGCCCUACGGCUACUUCGGCAGCGGCUACUACCCGUGCGCCCGCAUGGGCCCGCACCCCAACGCCAUCAAGUCGUGCGCGCAGCCUGCUUCGGCCGCCGCCGCCUUCGCCGACAAGUACAUGGACACCGCCGGCCCCGCGGCCGAGGAGUUCAGCUCCCGCGCCAAGGAGUUUGCUUUCUACCAUCAGGGCUACGCAGCCGGGCCUUACCACCAUCACCAGCCCGUGCCCGGCUACCUGGAUAUGCCAGUAGUUCCGGGGCUCGGGGGUCCUGGCGAGUCGCGCCACGAGCCUCUGGGGCUUCCCAUGGAAAGCUAUCAGCCCUGGGCUCUGCCCAACGGCUGGAACGGCCAAAUGUACUGCCCCAAAGAGCAGACGCAGCCUCCCCACCUCUGGAAGUCCACUCUGCCCGACGUCGUCUCCCAUCCUUCAGACGCCAGCUCCUAUAGGAGGGGGAGAAAGAAGCGCGUGCCUUACACUAAGGUGCAGUUGAAAGAACUCGAACGGGAAUACGCUACGAACAAAUUCAUUACCAAGGACAAACGGAGGAGGAUAUCAGCCACGACAAACCUCUCUGAGAGGCAGGUCACAAUCUGGUUCCAGAACAGGAGGGUCAAAGAGAAAAAAGUCAUCAAUAAACUCAAGACCACUAGUUAAUGGAUUAAAAGGUGGAGCAGAGGGCAGCUUGAAGAAACGCUUAAGGAUUUG